AUGAUGUUGACGGUGGCAAAAGGACCAACAACUUAUGAGGAAAUCAGGACCGUGGAUAACAUCCAGUUUGAUACAUUCAGAGAUGCAUGCUUUGCAAUGGGAUUUCUUGAAGACGAUAAAGAAUACAUAGCUGCUAUAAAGGAGGCAAGUCAUUGGGGGUCUGGUCAUUUUCUUCGAAAACUGUUUGUUAUCAUGCUUUUGUCUGGUGCUGUUAAUCUCCCUGCACAUGUUUGGGAACAAACUUGGCUCCUAUUAUCUGAUGGUGUCUUACAUACACAAAGAGCGUUGGCUGCAAAUCUAGAAUUAGUCCUCACACAAGAAGAGUUACAAAAUUUGACUUUAAUAGAAAUCGAGAAACUGCUACAAGCAAAUAGAAGGACACUAAAGGAUUUUAGUCCUAUUCCAUAUCCGAAUGCUUAUGUUCUUGAACAGUUGGGAAACAGGCUCAUAUAUGAUGAGCGUAAUUACGAUACAACGUCAAUGAACUCGGAAUUUGAAAAUCUGUUUGCUGCUCUUACAGAUGAGCAAAGAGGUAUUUAUGAAAAAAUUAUGCAUGUUGUGGAGUCUCAGAAUCCUGCCGUUUUCUUCCUUCAUGGUUAUGGUGGUACCGAAAAGACAUAUAUGUGGAGAACACUCGCAGCAGCUUUAAGAUCAAAACACGAUAUAUGUUUAACUGUUGCAACUAGCGGUAUAGCAUCAUUGUUACUUCCAGGAGGUAGAACUGCACAUUCAAAGUUCAGGAUACCGGUACCCACUAUGGACAAUUCUACUUGCAAGGUUGAAUUCAACGAUGAUGUUGCAGACAUGUUACGACAGACAAAGCUUAUAAUAUGGGAUGAGGCACCAAUGGCGCAUAAGUAUGCAAUAGAAUCGCUUGACAGAACUUUGAAAGAUGUUAUGAGUGCAAACAAAAAUUCCACUGAUGUAUUUGGUGGAAAGGUUGUUGUUUUCGGUGGCGAUUUCAGACAAAUUUUACCUGUCGUCCCCAGAGGCAGUCGUUCUGAUAUUGUACACUGUGCCAUAAAUGCAUCUUACAUAUGGCAUUCAGUUGAGGUAUUAGCAUUGACAAGAAACAUGCGGCUACAAACAGGAUCAACACAGACUGAUAAAAAUGAGAUAGCACAGUUUUCGGAUUGGAUUUUAAGAAUAGGAGAGGGCCGAAUAUCUGAGCCUAAUGACGGCACCGCCGAAAUCGAGAUACCACCUGAUAUUUUGAUAACAGAAUUUGAUGAUCCAAUUGUGGCCAUUGUCAAUACCACAUACCCUGAUUUCAUAAAUAAUUUUCAAUUCAACAAUGCAGGAGAAAUUCGUGACUACUACAGCGCAAAUUCAGUUGACAAGUCUGAGAUUCAUGACCCAACAGUAGUUGAUAUCCUCACGCCAGAAUUUCUAAGUUCCCUCCGAACAUCAGGUUUGCCAAACCAUCACUUAAAACUAAAGGUUGGGACACCUAUAAUGCUCAUGAGAAACAUAGAUCAAUCUGAAGGUUUGUGUAACGGCACAAGGCUGUGUAUAACAAAGAUGGCAGCCCAUGUACUCGAGGCUUCAAUAAUGGGCGGUAAAGGUUUGGGAAAUUUGGUUUACAUACCUCGAAUGGACAUGUCACCAUCCCAAUCACCAUGGCCAUUCAAACUGAAUAGAAGACAGUUCCCUAUUAUAGUUUCCUAUUCUAUGACAAUCAACAAAUCACAGGGACAUUCAUUGGAUAACGUCGGUUUGUACUUACCAAGAGAUGUAUUCACACAUGGCCAGAUUUAUGUGGCAUUGUCAAGAGUAACAACAAAAAAGGGAAUCAAAAUACUAAUACAUGAUGAAGAAAAGAAAUUCAGGGGGAAAACUACAAAUGUUGUUUAUAAAGAGGUUUUUAACAAUGUCUGA